AUUCAAGAACAAACUCCGAGAGUCACACAAGUAACUGAAGAUAUCGUUAAUUUCAUGAAGGGUAUCAUAAAAGCAUUCCAGACUUACGCAGGUGGCCACUUUGUCUUCGACUACAUGAAGGUUACUUAUGGCAGCAUUAAUGUUAGGGUGAUGCAAAUGUGGGAGAAGUGGAACAGUGCAGAACGUAAGAAUAUGGAUGGACUUGAAUGUUUCACCUUCUUGGUGGCGGACAACAUAUGGAGAGUGUUACAUGGUACUAAUUACUUCCUGGAUAAAUUAUACAUGUUUAAGCCAGACUUGUACGGCAAGAUCCGAUACAACCAGCUCCUGCCUUUCCCAUGGACCAGCUUCAUGGAGGCUCCCCACUGGUAUAUCUUUACCAGUAUAUUCCAGAAGGAGUUACCAGCGAUUGAGGCACAACGGUUACUAGCCAGUGAAGUAGAUGAUGUGAUUAUUGGUAUCCAGGAACUGUAUUUCCCUUAUCCCUUCACAGCCACAGCCUUAAUAGCAGGUCAGCAUGUAUCUACUUUUGACCUCCACCAUUUUGAGUUCCUUGGCUCUUGCUCCUACCUCUUAAGUAAGGACUUUGUGGGUAAUGACUUCGAGAUAGUUGGUGUGUACAAGGCCAACGAUGGUGCAGCCAGUCUAGAAUCUGUGGUUGUUCAUGGUCAUCGCACAGAUGUCACUUUGCAUGUGGACGGCACAGUUGAAACAACUCAGGCAGAGGCAAAGGUUAUUAGUGAAGAGGGAUAUUCUGCCUUGAAGAUGCCAAACUUACUGGUGACUUGCAGCAAAAUAAACCGAGGAUGUUCUAUCACUGUUACUGGCAAAUACUUCAACAGGGUGGCUGGACUUUUAGGUAACUUCAACCAUGAACCAUCAGAUGACGCGCGCAGUCCUGAUGGAGAGGAUGCUUAUGACCCUGCAGACUUGGCCAGAAUGUGGGCUGUUUCCUCAUAUCCUUGCUACCAGGCAAACCAAGCAAGACAGUUGGAGAGUAUAAGUGAUGCUGAAGAUGUGAGCGAGUGUUCACAGUUGUUCCUCCAUAGUACCAGUCCCCUCAGUGAGUGUUUACGCAUAGUAGAUCCGAGACCUUACUUCACACACUGUAUUAAUGGCCAGAGUCAUCCAGCAUUUACUGAUGAAGAUCUAAAUUCUCCCUGUAUUGCCGUAUCUUCCUAUCGCACCCAGUGUUGGUCUCGAGGAAUUCAAUUGCCAGAACUGGAGAUGUGUAAACCUAAGGCCAGUGGAAGUUGUGAUAUCUCUGGAGAGAAAGUGCCCAGUGGAUGGAGACAUACAUACCAGGGUAAAACUAAAGGCUCAGCUGAUGUUGCUCUCAUAUUUGAGUUGUCCAUCUGUACAACAAACAAGGAUAUGCAAGAUCUUUUUAAAUCUAUUGUUAACCAGCUAAAGAAGAGUCAGAUACGUGAUGUCCGUUAUGCUGUGGUGACAGGAACGGCAGAGACAACAUCUUCGACAGGUUUUAUUAGCAAAAGUGAGGCAGAGGUACAUCUUAAUACUUAUGCUAGUGAUGACUCCACCUCGACCACCAAUGCUACAUCUGUUGUCUCCACAGCCCAAAACCUUGAAUGGCGCCCAGGAGUUUCUCGUACAAUAGUUCACCUAACUUGUCAAGCAUGUGCUGAAGGCGAGGCCAUAACUCAAGCUUUGCAAGCUAAUGAUGUAACAUAUCACCUUAUUACCAAAUUAAACAUCAUCAUGGCAGGACCUAGGGCAAGGAGCCAAGCAAUGGCUCGCAAGGUUUAUGGCUUUGAUGAAAAGUUUGUUUUUGGCGCAGGAGGUAAUUAUACAGUACCAAUAAUGAUUAUACAGUAGAACGUCGAUAUAACA